AUGGAAGACUACGAGGCUCUGUAUAUCGGCGAAAAUGAGGGAGGAUGGCUGCUGAUGUAUGGCGCAGACCCACGGCUUAUGGACAUCGCGUCAGUGACCUCCCAAGUCAACCAGAUCCCUAUAUCACCGAGGACAAUCGAGCCCAAUGUAUUCAAAACUACAAUGUGUAUUACGACAUUUUGCUGCGACUUGGAGCUCUUAGGAGGCAAGAGCGGCGUGACAAAAUCCGGGCCAAUGCCGGACGAGAAUUGA